AUGCCUUUACAAAGACUAAACUGCCUGUCCGGAGUUUGGAGGGCCAUGUGUCCACGGCUAAGCCUUAGCGCUAGCUUGGAUCUCCCAUUCUUGUGUUGGAUAGUGAGCUUGGCGGUUCACGCCCAUUUGGCAGCCUCUCAAAAACUGGACGAGAUGGACCCGGUUGUAACAACAGCUUACGGCAAAGUUAGAGGAUUCAAAAAAGAACUUAACAAUGAGAUCCUGGGACCUGUCAUCCAGUUCUUGGGUGUGCCCUACGCUGCACCCCCAACAGGGGAGAGGCGCUUUCAGCCGCCUGAGCCUCCUAUCCCAUGGUCAGAUAUCCGUAACACAACACAGUUUGGCCCUGUUUGCCCUCAAAUCCUACUAGAAGGCAGACUACCGGACGUUAUGCUACCUGUUUGGUUCACCAAUAGUAUUGAAGUGGUGUUGUCCUACGUACAGGACCAGAGUGAGGACUGCCUAUUCUUAAACAUAUACGUUCCAAUGGAGGAUGUAAAAAGAAUAUCCAAGGAAUGUGCCAGAAAACCCGGCAAGAAAAUGUGUAGAAAAGGAGACAUUCGUGAAAGUGGGAGCCCCAAACCGGUGAUGGUAUUCAUUCACGGAGGAUCGUACAUGGAAGGCACAGGAAAUAUAUUCGACGGAAGCAUCUUGGCCAGUUAUGGCAACGUCAUCGUCAUAACCAUAAACUAUCGGCUUGGUGUGCUUGGUUUUUUGAGCACAGGAGACCAGGCAGCCAAGGGAAACUAUGGACUUCUCGAUCAAAUCCAGGCUCUGCGCUGGACAAGUGAAAACAUUGCUUUCUUUGGGGGUGACCCUUUACGCAUUACUGUUUUUGGCUCUGGGGCCGGUGCCUCAUGUGUCAACCUCCUCACUCUGUCCCACUAUUCUGAAGGUAACCGUUGGAGCAAUUCAACCAAAGGUCUUUUCCAAAGGGCCAUAGCCCAAAGUGGGACAGCCUUGUCCAGCUGGGCUGUCAGCUUUCAGCCAGCCAAAUAUGCCCGCAUGCUGGCAAAGAAGGUGGGGUGCAACCUCAAAGAUACAAUGGAGAUGGUAGAGUGCCUACAGAAAAAACACUACAAAGAGCUAGUGGAGCAGGACAUUCAGCCUGCACGCUACCACAUCGCCUUUGGACCCGUUAUUGAUGGUGAUGUCAUCCCAGAUGACCCUCAAAUCCUCAUGGAACAAGGGGAGUUCCUCAACUAUGACAUCAUGCUGGGCGUCAACCAAGGCGAGGGGCUGAAAUUUGUGGAACUAAUUGUAGACAAUGAGAAUGGUGUCCAAGCCAAUGAUUUUGACUAUGCUGUGUCAAGUUUUGUUGACGAUUUAUAUGGUUACCCAGAUGGGAAGGACAUUCUGCGGGAGACGAUUAAGUUUAUGUACACUGACUGGGCUGACCGUCACAACCCAGAAACCAGGAGAAAGACCCUACUGGCACUGUUCACAGAUCAUCAGUGGGUGGCUCCAGCUGUGGCCACAGCUGACCUCCACUCCAGCUUUGGCUCUCCUACUUACUUCUACGCCUUCUAUCAUCACUGCCAGACAGAGCAGGUGCCACCCUGGGCUGAUGCAGCACAUGGUGAUGAGAUCCCCUAUGUGUUUGGGCUGCCCAUGAUUGGUCCAACUGAGCUCUUUCCUUGCAACUUUUCCAAAAAUGAUGUGAUGCUUAGCGCAGUGGUAAUGACAUACUGGACCAACUUUGCCAAGACUGGUGACCCCAACCAGCCUGUUCCACAGGACACCAAGUUCAUCCACACCAAGCCUAACCGCUUUGAGGAAGUGGCCUGGACACGUUACAACCAGAAGGACCAGCUGUACCUGCACAUUGGCUUGAAGCCCCGUGUCAAGGAACAUUACCGCGCUAAUAAGGUCAACCUAUGGCUAGAGCUGGUCCCUCAUCUCCACAGUCUUAAUGAGGUCACCCAGAUAAUUUCCACCACCACUAAGCUACCUCCACCUGAGGUCACUCCACGUACACCAAAGAAGAUCCCGGUCAACACCAAGAGACCCUACCCCACACCUUUCCCCACUGAAACACAGGAUAGCCACAAUCAGAAUCAGAACCAGCCCUUUCUGGUGGACCAGCGGGACUACUCCACAGAGCUGAGUGUCACCAUCGCCGUGGGUGCUUCAUUGCUGUUCCUCAACAUCUUGGCAUUUGCAGCACUCUAUUACAAGAAAGACAAACGGAGGCAUGAGGUUCACCGACGAUGCAGCCCGCAGAGGACCACUGCCAAUGAGCUACCCCAUACGCAAGAGGAGGAGAUCAUGUCUCUACAAAUGAAACACAGUGAUCUCGAGCGGGAAUGCCGAGAGGCUAUGCACCCGCACGAGGUGGUCCUAAGAACUGCCUGCCCCCCGGAUUACACACUCGCCAUGCGACGUUCACCAGACGACAUCCCACUCAUGACGCCAAACACCAUCACUAUGAUACCCAAUAGCAUGCCAGGCCUCAGCUCCUUACACCCCUUCAACAGUUACUCCAGUGGACAAAAUAACACCCUACCCCAUCCACACCCUCAUUCACACUCCACCACGAGAGUAUAGCAACACAUUUUCUCACACACAAACACAAACAUACACACACACAUACACUCCCACAGAGUAUGAGUGUACAGACAGAGAGGGCAGCUCUGAGUGAGGAAUAUCUUUACUUCUAGUGUUCAGAGGAACAGGAAAUAAAAGUGCUGUUUUUUUUUUUUCUUUUCUCAAUAGCAAAACUAUGGUUUUAUAUUAAAUGGGAGAACAAAAACAAAUGCAAAUGUGCAAACCAAUUUCUGAUUGAAUGAAAUACAUACAGAGAUGAUUUUUUACUUCUUGAAUUUGUGACAAAUACAGGGCCAUUUCCUGGAAACAACUAUCAGUCUGGAAUUCUUUGAGGAAUGGUUUGAUACAGUGACCUGGAGACGAAACAAUGGAAGCACAGAGGAGAUGACGUGUGGGAGGCCCUUUGUGAACAAUAGAAAACAUAUUGUUUUCCUGAGGCACUGGAUUGUAGAUUACUCUCUUCAGUGCAGAGGGGAGAUGCUGCUUUAUUUAGGCAUGCAUUCUCCUCCUGGUGGAGGCAUUGUAAGAUACAAAAUACUUCAAAAAUUGGAAAAAAGAGAGAACAAGAAAUCCUCAAGAAUAUGCACAGUUGAGACAUUCACUGAAUGUCUUUGAAUUCUUUUUGCCAGUUUAUUUUUUGGGGAACAGUUUUAUUGUAUAGGAACUAUUUACAUAUCUAGAUAUGUACACAAAACACCCAUGCUCUUUAAGCCCUUUCUGGGGGCAUUGAUACUGAGGAAUUUGCCUCAAGAGCGUAGCGGGAAAUUUAUUGGCUUCCUGGCAGAUACAGCUUCAUCACACAAGUGCUGUCUAUACUGAAAACUGGUGGACUCAAAGGGAGGCUGGAUAUUUUUAGCACGAUGCGCAUGACAAUUUAUCUGCUUGGUGGCUGUUCUGCUGAUUAAGUCCUUAUUUAAAACACACACAAAAAAAUAAUUUUCUUCCCCAUUUGGAUUUGCUUAUGGAAAUACUGCUCUGAUUGGCUUACAGCAAUUGGAAUAUGCUGACAUGGGUGGACAUGGUGGGUUCUCAUUUGGAGCUGGUGGUGGGAAGGGUUUGGGAUGAGCUAAAUAGAAUGCAUUUGCAAGUAGUUUGAGUGAACCUGGUUAUAAGGACUAGUUUUGUACAUGUGUGUUGGUAAAAAUUUUAAUAGUGGUGAAUCACUUGUUUGAGCUCCCAAGUGUGAGAAAUUUUAUGUAAUUCUUUAUUUGCUCAUUGGAAAAUUGCUCAUUGCUCUUUUUUUUUUUUUACUUUUCUUAUUUUUCACCUCUCGCUAGUAGUCAAACCACGUUACCUUAGAGAAUUUAUUACCUGUACUGUUUGAUUCUCAUUAUUUUCUUUGCUGUGCUUUAUGAGGCAGUCCAUCAUGCAGCAAUGGAUGACUAUUUACUAAUGCAGGGAUUUAUUUGGUUCGACUUCAGCACUCUGGAGUUUGACUGGUUGCGCUGCUGUUCUUGCGCCGGUAUCCUCUCCUCAUCCAGAACUUUCUAUGAUUCUCCUGAAUGAGCAACACCAAUGAAUACCACACUGAAGUCAGGAGGACCCCUGAUUAAAGAGUGUAUCAGUGGCCCUUCUAAUCAUAAGAACCCCUUGAUCAUAGUGCUGAAAGCUAGCUAUAGAAAAGAAAGAGAACAUUAAUGAGAAGAUAAAUGGAGAAUGUGUUCAAAAGACAAAAAUAAAGAACAAUUGAAGGUGACAGACAGAAAUCAGAAAUGAACUUUGUCAGUUCUUACCUAGAAAUCAAUGCUGAAAGAGUGGCUGCCACUUAGUAGCCUCAUUGCUGAAAGUUUGACAAGCCAGUUUCACCUGCAAAUCUCUCUGUAAUUGCCAGUUUUGUCCAUGUGGCAUUCAAGUCCUCAUUUUCUAGUAUUUUUUUCUUCUUUUUUGAAAACCUUGUUGUAUAACUUACUACAUGCUAAUGAUCAGCACUAAUGAAUCCUAUACUAAAGACAGAAGGGCCCCUGGUGUGUAUUAUUGGGCCUUCUGAUCUUAAGAGGCCCUUGAUCAUACAGCUUAAUGCCAGAGAAGAGAAUCAAGGACCAAGUCCAAGAGGGAUGCUACCAAUUUUUACCCUUUCUGUGGGUAGUCACGAAUGGAGUUUUUAAAAGCCGAGUUAUUCUCCUAACCAGCAACCACAAGGAGUGACAGGACAAUUUGUUGCUUGCUUGGUUUCUUAUCCUGUCGAACCGUGCCGGGUAAAAUAUGAAAUCUCAUUGAUCCAAAAUCCCACUCAAAAUAUCUGAAUAUUAAACAUCAAAUAUUAUCUGAUUUGUGAUUGUUUUGCAUCACACACCUGGUUGCACCUGGUUAAGACAUGGUGUAAUGGCAUAAGUAUGAGUUUUCUCAGACAUUCAGGGUCACUUGGCUGAGGAAAACCUGAAAAUAUAAGGGAGAUUUAAAUUUGUGAUUUAUCAGGAUUGGAGAAGUCAUAAAAAUCAUUAAAAUGUUAAUGUCAUAUUUAUAGUACAUUUAAAUUGGUUUAAUUAGGUUCAGCUUGACAAUAUUUAUUUGGCUAGAAAUUGCUAUUUUAAAGUGCAAUCUCUACAGUAUAAAAUUAUAUAUAUAUAUAUAUAUAUAUAUAUAUAUAUAUAUAUAUCAUUGGAGUGGAA